GCUAACAUAUUUCUCUUCUUUCACAAAAGUAUGGAAGUUACAGUGGUCAGAUGCCUAGAAUGCAAAUGGCAGUGAGACAGCCAAUGCCAGGAGCAGUACCAAAUAUGUCUUAUGCUGGAUACUCUGGAUAUUCUGCAUAUUCUGGUACUUAUUCUGCUGCUGCUGACCCCAUGUGGAUUUACUUCACCGCUGUUGCUGGACAGGAUGGGGAAGUGGAUGCUGAGGAGCUACAGAUGUGUUUAAUGCACUCUGGAAUCAGCGGGACCUAUUCUCCCUUCAGCUUGGAGACUUGCAGAAUUAUGAUCUCUAUGUUGGAUAGAGAUUAUACAGGAAAAAUGGGUUUUAACGAAUUCAAAGAACUCUGGGCAGCUCUUAAUGCCUGGAAGCAAAACUUCAUGAUGAUUGACCAAGACAGAAGUGGAACUGUGGAACUUCACGCGUUGACUCAAGUCAUUGCAGCUAUGGGUUAUAGGUUAAGCCCUCAAACACUAGCUGCAAUUGUGAAACGCUAUAGCAAGAAUGGCAGAAUCUUUUUUGAUGACUAUGUGGCUUGCUGUGUGAAGCUACGGACAUUGACAGACUUUUUCAGGAGAAGAGACAACAUGCAACAGGGGUUUGUGAAUUUUGUAUAUGAUGAUUUCUUGCAGUGUACCAUGGCAAUCUGAGUGUUGAACUGCUGAAGGAGGUGAAGAGCUCUAACCUGUAAAUUCUUCUACUCAGAAGAAAUUAACUGAACCUGCUGUGAAUAGAAGCUAGUAUAGAUUUUUUUCAUGUUUCUGCCUGUUAAAAUAUCCACCUUGUGUAAAUGGUUUGAUUUUUAUUGCACGAUUCAGAGCAAUAAAUAAUUGUAGCAUUGUUGUUA